AUGUAUGAAGGUUUGGAAGGUUUGGAACCUGAUUUUGAAGAAAUGUAUGAUGAUUUGGAUCCUUAUUUUGAAGAAAUGUGUGAUGAUGUGGAACCUAAUUUUGACGCUAUGAAUGACGGAGUUGAACCUGUUAUGAUUGAUUUGACUGAUGUAUUUACCACCGGCAUGAUAUUUGAAACUGCGACAGCACGACCAAGAACAAAGACAAAAUUAAUUCUUGGUUGUGAAAGAAGUGGUAAAUAUAGACCUUGGAAGAAUCCUAAUCUUACGAGGAGUACUUGGACUAGAAAAUGUGAUUGUCCAUUUAGAUUGAGAGGAACACGGUCAAAUGUUGAUGAUGGAUGGUAUUUGCAUGUAAUAUGUGGUCUCCAUAACCACAAAUUGGCCAAAAAACUGACCAGUCACUCUUUCUUAGGCCGAUUGUCUCAAGAUGAGAAAAAUGUACUUGGUGAUAUGACAAAGAACUUUGUAAAACCAAAAAACAUUUUAAUGACAUUGAUGGAUCAUAACGUUGAAAGUUUGACGACAAAAAAACAAGUUUACAAUGCACGUCAAGCAUAUCGUUCAUCACUUAGAGGUAAUAGAACAGAAAUGCAACAUCUUUUGACAUUGAUGGAACGCGACAAAUACGUUUAUCGAUAUAGGAAGGUAGAGGGUUCAGAUGAGUUGAGGGACAUAUUUUAG